GGUAUUUGGUAACAAUGGUUGACAGGAUUAGCGCCUUGCCAGAUGAUAUUCUUUGUCACAUUCUCUCUUUUCUUCCAACCCAACACACCAUUGCCACAAGUCUUCUUUCUAAGAGGUGGAAGUCGCUGUGGUACUCAGUUCCUAGUCUCUACUUUGAAAACCAAAGCAACCUCCAAAAGAACAGCACAGCCUAUCAUUGGUUUCAAAAUUUCAUAUACGCAACCAUUCGCGCAAGAGAUUGGCACCAACCCAUUAGAAGCUUUUGUCUCAAAUAUGUGGUUGAGUCCAAUUUUCGCCCUUCUAAUUACGAUAUUGAUGAAUGGGUCAAAGCUGCAACACAACGUGGAGGACUUAAGAACCUCCACAUUGAGGUAACCUUCCCAAACCCAAUGGAUCAGACAAUAAUAUAUUUGAGCGGCUCCAACAUCAGCUGCAAAACUCUGGUUGAUCUCAAAUUGAUGGGGUUAUCUGUGCAAGUAUAUUCAUUUGUGGACCUUCCCUCACUCAAAACUCUGCAUUUGGAGGAUGUUGGUUUUGACUAUCUGCAAUGUCUUCGGGAACUUCUUUCAGGGUGUCCAAUUCUUGAGUAUAUGCAUGUGAACGGUACAUACUGUCCUGGAGAUGAUUAUGAUACUCUUAAUAAAAACAACUUUAAAGGGUUACCUAAGUUGGUCAGGGCAGAUAUAUAUUCCCUUGAUGAUUUAGAUGUUCUUCUGGAAGCAAUUUGUAAUGUAGAAUUUCUUGCCACUGAUGAGUCCCUCAAAGAUAUUCCAGUUUUUCCCAAUUUAACUCAUGUGGAGCUCGCUUGGGGGUGGGGUAUGAACUGGCAUUCGGUACUUACAAUGCUCAAGCAGUGCCCUAAGCUUCAAAAUUUUGGCCUUAAUAUGGAGUUGAUGUCUGCUAAUCUGGUUUGGAUUUCCCCCAAAUUUGUUCCUGAAUGCCUUUCUUCACAGCUUAGAAAGUGUUCUAUUACAAAUUAUGAUAGCACGAGAUUUCAGCUGCAUUUUGCAAAAUAUAUCAUGCAGAAUUCAAGGGUUUUACAGACAAUGACUAUAUACACUGAGCCUUCCUCAUCGUUACAAAAGAAAUUUGAAAUGAUUAAAGAACUGUCCAUAUAUCCAAGGACAUGUGAACUUUUAUUUAAAUGA